GAGUGGUGGCAAUUCCAGACCUGGACCUGCAUGUUCUGCGGUGGAAUUGGUUCAAGCCGAGUGACGUGACUAUACAGAGGUGGAGGAUCAUGGUGGACGCAGCUUACAUGUUGAAACGACGGGGCAUGCACCUUCCUCUCAUGGAGUGCGACUGCGUGGUUUUCAUGCUCUCGGACAGCUCGCCGCAAGGCACCAGAGAGAAAUAA